AUGAAAGCACGGAUCCUUCUAUGUCAGAGGCUUGAGAAGAGACUUUGUGGACUGAUCCUUGUGACUUGUUUUGUCUUCCUGUCUGAUGCAGCUUCCCUGAAAGGGAAAAGAAUGGACUUCCAGGGAAAAUGUGACCAAUACCUAAGCGUGGCCCAUCCCAUUCCUAAACUCCUCCGACUUACAGUCUGUGUUGAUUUGUCACUGAAGGAUCCCAACUUAAAGACUUGGAUGGCUUUUUCUUACACUACUAAAAAUACUUCCUUGGUUACAGAAGAGAAGGAGCUUGGACUGGGCGGGGAGUACAGCCAGCUGAGAGUACACAUCUUGGGCAAAACGAUUCCUGUUAACCACAGCCUGUCUCUUUUUAAAUGGCACCACGUGUGCCUGAUAUGGGAUGGGGCAAAAGGCAGUCUGGAGCUGUUCCUCAAUAAGACAAGGCUGCUGGUAGUGAUGGACAAUUCUCAGAACAUGACAGCCAAUGGUGACUUGGUCCUAGGACGUUUCCAUUGCAACGAGGAAAGCCAGCCAGAUAGCAGAGCUCACGGCACUGUGGGUAGUUUGUACCACUUUCAGCUAUGGAAUCGCAUCUUGGAAAAUGAGGACUUUCAGAAAUGCUACAAGGGCAAUGUGGUGAGCUGGGAAGAAGACCAUUGGUUUCUCAACCAUAUGAGCCCCACAACUGAUGACCAACUGCACUGUUUUACUCCCGGAAAUGUAACAGUUGAAGGAAGAAGCACACCUGCCUCUCAACUUUCAGCCACACCCUUUAGUGCCAGGCCCAUCAUCACCACACCACCUGGGAAUACCUCCUCUCUGGUGUCUGCUCUGCAGACCACAGACCUGUCCUCAUCCCCUGUGAACAGGCCUAGCUUCUCCACCACAGCAGUCUCAAAUAUUCCCAGCAUUAUGCUUACCGAGCCCCCUGCAGCAACCAUCCAGUCAUCCUCCAUAUUACCCAACUGGGGUAAUACUUCACCUGGACCCAAGGCACCUCUGACCUUGAUGUCAUCCACCCCAGCUGAGGCUACCGCCAUGACAACCUUGUCUGAGACCACGCUGCGGGGCUCCACAUUGACCUUUCUGUCUACAGGAAUGGCAAGUUCAUCUGCUGCUGCCCAGCCCACAGUUUCCUUCUACGAUACCAAAAUGAGGUUCUCGGUGUCUGAUAAGGAGUCAACUAUAUUUGUCCAAAACUGGUUGAAGCUUCUUUUUCAAGAUAGUGAGUUUGUUCUUACAAAUCUGACGGUAAAAAUGAAAGGCAGAAAUAAGUUUCAAGAAAUAGGAAGAAUGAAGCAAAGCAGGUCUUUGGAACAGAGAAGCCCGAAAAUGAUGGUUGCGCGUCCCUCAGGCUAUGUUUGUCAAGCCAUCAUAAAAGCUCAUUCAUCUGCAGUACCAGCUGAUCUGAUAACUCGGAUAAAGAUGAAAAUUCUUGGGAACCACACACAAGGCCAUAUGACUUUAACUGUGAAGCCUGAAGAUGUGGAAGUGAAGAAAUUAGAGCCCGGAAAAUGUGCAGAAGAGGAAACCACAUCCAGAUACAAGGGAACAUAUAAGUGGCCAUUAACCAACCCUACUGAGACAGCUCAAAGCAGAUGUGUUAAGAAUCCUAGUCGGAAUGCUACCAGAAUUUGCACUAUUGAGGCUGAGAAUGGCAAAGCUAGCUGGGGAAUCCUCUGUUAUAAAGCAUGUAAUCUGCUCCAGCCACUUCCAGAUAAGAUUGUCGACCUUGAAGAUAUUCUCAUAACUGAUGAGAAUGCCGAUGAUGUUGCCAAGCACAUUUUAAGUCUGAUACAUGGCUCCCCUAGCCUGAACCAAAAAGAAAUAAAGAUUAUUGUUUCAAAGGUGUCUGACAUCUCAAAAUGUGAUGAAUUGAGCCUGAAUCUAGCACAGGUCCUGUUCCAGAUACUCGAUGUGGUUUUGGGGAUUGGAUCGCUGCCUGGUCAGCCCUCACUAAGCAAUGAGAUCUUGAGAACAAUUGAGCGGGUAGGUUACAAGAUGGAGUUUUCUGGGAAGACCGCCAAUGUAACUGUGGCCUCACUGGCUUUAGCUGUGCUUCAGGUGGAUGAGGAAUUUGAAGGCAUUUCCUUCAGCAUUCACUACUACAAGGAAGGUGUAGGCCCUAAGGUUUAUUUAGACAAUACACCUCAGAGGAUGACUUUGGCUUCCAUAUAUUUACCUAAAUCACUGAAGAAGAGAAUUCCUUUUGACCUACAGAAGAUCUUGUUUAGUUUCUUUGGGCAAACGUCAGUCUUUAAGCGCCACAUUUCCCAAAAUGAAAACUUAACCACUUAUGUUGUGAGCGCCAGUGCUGCAAAUACAUCGAUUCGGAACCUGGCUGACCCAAUAGAAUUCACGUUACAGCAUAUCAAAGGAAACACGAAGCGGGCUCGUGUCCAGUGUGUAUUCUGGGACUUUGAGAAGAAUGAUGGACUAGGUGGAUGGAAUUCAUCAGGCUGUGAAGUAAACAAAACGGAUGUCAAUUACACAAUCUGUCAGUGUAAUCAUCUUACUCACUUUGGAGUCUUAAUGGAUUUGUCCAGGUCUGAAGUGGAUAAGAUCAAUGAACAGAUCUUAACAAUCAUAACAUAUUCUGGAUGUGGAAUCUCUUCUCUUUUUCUGGGAAUUGCACUGGUGACUUACCUAGCUUUUCAAAAACUUCGUCAAGAUUAUCCAGCCAAAAUCCUGAUCAAUUUGUGUAUCUCCUUGCUGAUGCUGAACCUGUCGUUUCUGGCCAAUUCCUGGUUCGCAGCCUUUGAAAACUCUAGCCUCUGUAUCUCCAUGGCUGUGCUGCUUCAUUACUUUCUGAUCUCAUCCUUUACUUGGAUGGGCCUGGAAGCUGUCCACAUGUACUUUGCUCUAGUCAGAGUCUUCAACAUCUAUGUGAAAAAUUACUUACUUAAAUUUUGCGUGGUCGGCUGGGGAUUGCCAGCAGUAAUUAUAGGGAUCAUCCUCAUCAUGAAGAGGGAUUUUUAUGGCAUUCUGAAGGAAUCUACCUCAUUCUGCUGGAUUCAAGAUGAUCUUGCCUUUUACAUCUCUAUCGUGGCUUAUUUUUGCCUCAUAUUUCUCAUCAAUGUAUCCAUGUUCAUCCUUGUGCUGUUCCAAAUCAAUUCCCUUCAAUGCCAGAAACAGAGAGUGUGGAAAAAGCUGAUACUGCAUGACCUCAAGAGUACUGCAAGCCUCACCUUCCUGCUUGGACUCACCUGGGGCCUGGCCUUUUUUGCCUGGGGACCCAUGCGGAUCCCCUUUUUGUAUCUUUUUGCCCUUUUGAACACAACACAAGGAUUCUUUAUCUUUGUGUUCCACUGUCUAUUGAAGGAGAACGUGAGGAAGCAGUGGCAAGAACACUUGUGUUGUGGAAGGUUUCGACUGAAUAACUACUCUGAUGGGAACAGCAGAUCUGGGCUAAAUUGUGAGCACAAGCAGGAUGGGACACAAAAGAACUGUGAGAAUGUAUUGGUAACACAAACCCAAGAGUGCACCAAGGCAUGGAAUCCACCUCUGUCCACUUUCAGGGGCUUCGAACGGAGGCAUGAUUUGGUGAUGACCUUCGAAAAUGAAGUCUGUUGUGACAUUUCUUCAUCACCAAAGCACUGUGGAGAACAGGACUUGGCAUCAGGAAGAUCUGGAUUUGAAUCCUGCCUCAGAAUUUACUAGCUGUGUGACCCUGGGCCAGUCACUUGGGCCACUCAGAG